UUCAUCAAGAGACUAAGAAAUUCAAUAUGGAGCAAUUUAUUACCACCAUUUUAUCCUUUCUUCUCUUCUUGUUAGUAAUACUGAAAGUAGUAGCCAGAGAGAGAUUCAAUUCAACUCCAAAGUUACCUCCAGGGCCAUGGAAACUUCCUGUCCUGGGAAAUCUUCACAAUCUUAUUGGCUCUAUAUCACAUCAUAGACUAAGAGAUUUGGCCAACAAAUAUGGACCAUUGAUGCAUCUACAAUUUGGUGAGCAUUCUCAUAUAGUUGUUAUUUCUUCACCUGAGAUUGCACAAGAGAUGAUAAAAACUCACGAUAUUAACUUCUCUGGAAGGUCAAACCCCCAUGCUACAAGUAUACUUGAAACUAUGGGUAUCAUCUUCGCUCCUUAUGGAGACUAUUGGAAAAAAGUUCGAAAAAUUUGCUCUGAAGAAUUGUUGAGGCCUAGCCGUGUUAAGUCAUUCCGGUCAAUCAGGGAAGAAGAGGUAUCCAAUCUAAUCAGAUAUUUGUAUUCAAAUGCAGGAGUGUCCAUUAAUCUUAGUGAGAAGAUAUUUUCUAUGACAUAUGCCAUCACAGCUAGGGCAGCCUUUGGUAAAAAAUGCAAAAACCAGAAGAACUUUAUAUCAGCUGUCAAUGAAGGUCAAGAGUUUGUUGGAAGUUUUAGUCUCUGUGAGUUGUUUCCUUCUCACAAAUGGCUUCAAUGGAUCUUCGGCAUCACUUCUAAGCUUGAGGAAAUUUUCCAAACUUCUGACAGAAUUUUUGGAGACAUUAUCAAAGAAUGUGAAGCAGAGAUGGCUGCAAUGAAUGACAAGGGUGGUAAAGCAAGCAGUUUGUUAGGUGUUCUUUUGAAUAUUAAAGAAGAUGGCGAUCUUGAAUUGCCCCUAAAGACUGAAAACAUUAGAGACAUUUUAACGGACAUUUUCGUUGCUGGGAGUGACACAUCAUCUAUAACUCUAGAAUGGGCAAUGUUGGAGUUGAUAAAAAAUCCAAGAGUGAUGAGAAAAGCACAAGCUGAGGUGAGACAAGUAUUUGGAAGUAAAGAACAAGUCGAUGAAACUGGUCUCCAUGAGUUGAAGUUCUUAAGUUUAGUUAUUAAAGAAACUUUAAGAUUACAUCCUCCUGCCCCAUUUCUUAUUCCAAGAGAAACUAAAGAAAGUUGUGCUUUGAAUGGAUACCAUAUACCUGCAAAAACUAAAGUCCUAGUCAAUGCGUGGGCAAUUGGAAGAGAUCCAAGGUACUGGACUGAAGCUGAGAAAUUUUACCCUGAGAGGUUCAUUGAUUCUGCAGUUGACUUCAAGGGGUCUAAUUUUGAGCUCAUCCCAUUCGGUGUUGGUAGAAGGAUUUGUCCUGGAAUAUCUUUUGCUAUAGCAAAUAUUGAACUUCCUCUAGCUCAACUUUUGUACCAUUUUGAUUGGAAAUUGCCUCAUGGGAUCAAUCAUGAAAAUCUAGACAUGACUGAGAUAUCUGGUUUGUUAGUGAAACGAAAAGAAGAUCUACACUUGAUUCCAGUUCCUCGUAGUUCUGUCCCUAGUUCAUCAUAAUUUUCACUGCAUGUGCCUCUAUAUUUAUAUGUUUUUAAUAUCUCUUUAGUUGCUCAAAUUGAAGAGACUAAAUAAAGUGGUUCUUGAUAUUUAAUAUCUUUUCCCACAGUAUAGUAGUUCUACCGCUACGUUGUUGUAAUUGUUCCGAACCUCUUCGCUAAUGUCCUCAGUUUGCAUAAUUCGAAGAGACUAAAUAAAGAAGUAUUUGAUAUUUAUCUUA